AUAACAUUAAAUGAACUCCAUUUGGUGUGAUAACCAACCAAUGUUGUUUUUAUAACGUUUCCAUUACUGAUAGGUAGACAAAUCGGAAGGGGGAUAGGAGGAUUAUUUAUUCCCAAGAUAUCCAAGUGACCAGCUCAUUUGUCUGGUGCAAGUUUCGAAAGUACAGGCAGCUUUGUGACGCCGGUUUAAAAAUAAUUUCGGGUCAAACGUCAUACAUUACAGAUAAAUCCGCGAAUCGAGCCGCGAUAAAACCGGAUUUCAUGCUUUCUUGACAAACGGACGGGCAUUGUUUUAGUAAAAGAAUGGGAAUACCCUUCAGGACUAGAAAGAGUGGUUUUAUCUUGGGUUUCAGAGUGUUCACUGUGCUAUCCGUUACUCUUACUUAUGUUUUGAUUAACCAGUUCUCGCGGAAUAAUCCACUUAUUCGAAAGCAAACAGUAAAUCCUUUCUCCCGUCAUCUUUUGGCCAUCGACGAUGAAACUCUCGUCACGAACACCACGAAAAAUUGCACCCCGCCGGCCAUCGACGAAUUUCCAUCAGAUGGGCUCACAAGGGAUCAGCGCCAAAAUGGUUUUAUUAUUUUACACGCAUUGCUGGCGUGCUAUUUGUUCGUGAUGCUGGCGACGAUUUGCGACGAAUACUUCGUCCCGGCCAUUAAAAAAUUCUGUGAUAAGUUGAAAAUGAAGGAAGACAUAGCCGGAGCUACCGUCAUGGCUAUGGCCAGUUCUAGUCCGGAAUUAUUUAUUAAUAGCGUUGGUACGUUCGUAACUGAAGGGGAUUUGGGAGUUGGAGCUGUGGUUGGAUCAGCAGUAUUUAAUAUCCUAGCUGUGCCUGCUUGUUGCGGCUUUUUUUCUCGUGUGUACAUGGAAGUAGAUUGGUGGUCACUGAGUCGCGACAGCAUGAUGUACAGCGUAGCCGUAAUAAGCCUCAUUGUGGUACUAGAAGAUGGGAAAAUUUUUGUCGGUGAAGCAGUAGCUUUGAUUUUAAUUUAUUCGCUAUAUAUUUUGCUAAUGUGCUUUAAUGACAAAUUAAGUAGACUUGCGCAUAAAUGCGUGGCUAAAUUCCGUCGCCGGAAAUACUACAACGAAGUCUUGGGAGAAACCUACCCAUUGUUGUUUCAAAAAAACGGCAAAUAUCACGGCAUCGAGGAAAUAUUCGACGCCGAAGUAACAUUAGAAGAUUGCCAAAAAUUCGAGGAAUCGACGAAAAUUUGGGAAUGGCCAUCAGAAGGGACCACUAAAUCAAAAUUAUGGUGGGUCAUUACAUGGCCAAUAUCAUUCGUUCUCUACUUAACGACACCGGAUUGUAGGAAAUAUCCUAGAUUAUUCAUCAUUACAUUUAUCAUGUGUAUUAUUUGGAUAGGAUCUACAUCGUAUCUGGUUUCUUGGAUCAUUACAAUAAUAGGCGACACAUUAAAUAUACCAGAUUCCAUUAUGGGAUUAACAUUUCUAGCUGCCGGAACUAGUGUACCUGAAGCCGUAUCUAGUGUAAUCGUAACCAGACAAGGUCAUGCCACCAUGGGGCUCAGCAGUUCUCUCGGUUCGAAUACGUUCGAUAUACUACUGUGUUUGGGAUUACCGUGGGCGGUAAAAGCUGGGCUUUAUCCGAAGGAGCCCGGAAAUAAUUGGGUGGACAUUCAAUCAGCCGGAAUUAAUAUCAGCGCUUGCGCUUUAUUAACCACUUUGGUUCUAUUUUACUUGAGUAUAGCUCUAAAUAAGUAUCGAUUAGAUUGGAAAGUUGCAACGAGUUGUUUGUUGACAUACCUGGGUUUUUUGGUAUUAGCCACAAUAGUGGAACUGAAUGUUUUCUUUCCUGUGAAUUUACCAACUUGCGAUCGGUGAUGCAUCGAAUAUACCUGUUGAAGAUCUGAUUUUUUUCUUCUCACAACCCUUUUCACAAGUGAUUUAUAAGAUUUUUUUAGUACCUACGUUUUACUAUCGAUUAUUGUCGAUGUUAUUGGAAAAUUUAUACAAGUUAAUAUAUUGUACAAAGCGAAUACUAUUUUAUAAAAUAUGUUUCUAA